AUGGAUCUAUUCCGCUCCGAUCGUCUACAAUACCAUAGUUUCAAUUCUCCUGAGGAUGAUGCCUUCUUCCAUUCCAUACAGAGUGAUCCGGUUGCCUUCACAAACUCCUGUGCAUCACUCAUACGACCUGUAGACCGCCAAUUUACCAAGAAUAUCAGAAAGCAUCUUAUUGAACACUCGCUGUUGUUUGUGGUUAUCUACAGGACCACCGGUGAUUCAGCCAAUCAGAUGCAACUUGAGCCCAUCGGCACACUUUUCUUGAAGUCUCCAAGUCCAGAUAUGGCUCAUCACCGUUGCUCAGAAUUUGGUAUCGAUAUAAAGAAGGAAUAUCAAACCCAAGGUUAUGGCACUGAGGCAAUCAACUGGAUGCUUGACUGGGCAUUCAAGAAUGCUGGUCUGCACCGGGUGGAGUGCAAUGUUCUUGGUUGGAAUCUUCGCGCUCAGAAGGCUUAUCAGAGACUUGGCUUCCAGGAGGAGGGACGGAGAAGGGAGUGCUUAUUUAAGGAUGACCAAUGGUGGGAUGAAGUGAAUUUGGGGAUUCUCAAGAAGGAGUGGCAGCAAAUCAGACAGGGAGAGGUCAAAUCGUGA